UUCAGAAAUCAGAACAAAUCAGAACCUAACGUUCUCUGGCUAAGCAAUUUGGCUAAACACUGUUUUGGCUAGCAGAUAUAUCAGCUAGAAUAUAGUAGAUGAAUAGGUUGAAAAUGGAACCAUCCAGAAAUCUUACUGCAGAUGAUAUAUCUGGUCCGGUAGCAGUAGCUACAAUUGCCAUCUGAUAUUGUUGCACUGAAAACCACUACCAGCAGACAAUUUGAUAAAAUACAAGAAAAAACAUACUCCACUGGUGUUGCACUUCCACUGGUGUUUCAUCUUUUGGUAAGAAAAACAAACUUUGAUCAUUCCAACUUCCAUGGGUGUAGACAUUGUAGACAAUUCUCCAUUUGAAAUCUCUUGAGUAUCCCUUCUGUAUACUUUGGUUGGUUACUCACGAGUGUUUUGGCUUCACAAUCUCUUCACUUCACUGUGAUUCCCAGAAUGUAGUUGAUUUCUCCCAAAUCCUCUUUGUCAAACCUUUGUGCAAAUGCAACCUUUUCUCUUUUUCACAUUUCGGUAUUGUUGGAGAACCAUAACAUAUCGUCGACAUAAUGACAAACUGAGGGCAAGAUCAAGAAUGACAAAAUUAAUCUUUUCAUCUUUGAAUUUCACUGACUUGGUAUAUAUGCAUGGAUCUGAUCAGUUUGAUUUUUUGUGACCAUUUGUCGUAGGGGAUGUAUUCACAGAAACAUAUAGAUUUUAUCAUGUAAUUCUCCUUGUAGAAAUGCUGAGUGUCUUUGUAUCCAUUUGGCCAACGAACAACGAAGACCUGAUUAAAGUGUUAACCCGGUUUUCCACUACGGCACUAGGCGGAAUUUAUUUAAUUAUUCAUAUAUUUAAAAAAUUUAUGUACAUGAAUAACCACGACACAUACAUAGGCAGGUAACAACAGGGCUAUAAUUACACCCUAGCUAAGGCCACCCACCGCUAAAUAAUAAGGAAUAUUUCGAUCGAACGAAAUUUUUCGCUCAAUUUUCUUUUCAAUUGUCAGAAUUCAACCGUAGCGGACUUCCUUCACCGGUCACAAUUGAAAAGAAAAUCGAGCGAAAAAUUUCGACAAUGGUCUUCCCCGCUGGAGGAGAAACAAGUUCCAAUGUCUCAUUCUGCAUGAGGAAUUUAUACGCAGUAUCCAUCGCUUCUUUCCAUUCAACAGAAUGUUUACAAUUCAAGGUUUCCUUAAUGUUUGACGGUUCAUCAACAUCAUGAUCAGAAGUUACAUUCCCAGCAGUUAGAUUCUUCACAUAGAUUCUCAACUUCUCUUAGAAAAUUUUCCUCAAAUGUUACUCCCACUGCAGGUUGACCUGGUCCUAUCUCUUCGACAUUCAUCAGGUCCUGAACGCAAGUUCAAGUGGUUGUUCUUGAACUUUAUCCGACAAAAUAUCUUCUUCAGAAAAAUCAAAUGAGACUUGUAGAAAAACUGUUAUUUAACAAAAGAAACAUCCCUUCCACGCAAACCUAUUUGAUAAUGGUUCAAAGAACUUAUAACCUUUGGGCUUUGGUUCCAUCGGGUAACCAACAAAGAUAACUGCCUUCUCAUCAAACCUCCGUCGAUUCUCUUUUGGAAUAUGAAGAAAAGCUAACUGACAAUCCCUGUUGUGGGACUUGUAGAUGCAGUUGGACUUCGGUUUCGAAGGUUGCACAUCUGGAUGACCACUGACAGCCAAAUUGAUAGCAAAUUUCCAACAAAUUGGUUGUACUACCGCCUGUCAUUAAGUUUGAAAUAAUCAUCUGUCACAAUGCCAAUAUUUGUCGACUUGUUCGUUUGUGCCACCAAGAUGAGCGAAAACCGUAACGGAAUUUACGAAGCUACCGUAAUAAAGAAAAUUGUACACAUCAUAAAUGCUUUAUUUAAUGGUAGACUUGGAGGAACAUUGCGGAUAAAGUUUGAUCCAACUUACGCACCUAAGCGACACAUAAAAGAGUCGGUUCGAAAGAUCGAGCAAAAAGUAUGUGAAUUUACCGGAGUGGCAACCCUCGUGUAUGACCUUACUAUUGUUAGGAAAAGCGAAUCUAUGGAAAUCACUGUUGCCCGGACAGACAUCAACUAUAUCUAUACUUUGAAUUACCAUUUAUAUUUACCAACUAAUCAACAAGUCAUCGAAUUAUCACCGAAAGACCCCAUAAAGAAAGUCAGGGACAUUUUGUGCAAAAACAUUCCUUCGCUAGAGGUUGUUACUCCAGGUUCACAUUUUAAAAACUUUAUAUUGGGCUCUCCAGUUGGUUUUGGUGAGUCAAAAACCGUUCAGUUCAAGAGUUUACUGGUAAAGCGAACGAAAAGCUCCAAUCUCACUCAAAGGUUGAUUAAAAAUGGUAAACUCCAGUGUUAUGUCUCGGCAUUUGCAAAUUAUAGAGGUGGCCAUAUCUAUAUUGGUAUAGACGACGAUGGGAUAGUGCAAGGAGAAACUAUCACUUUGCAGGAUCGACUUGAACUAGAGACUGAGGUCAGUAAAGCAAUUAAGAAUAUGAUAUGGCCUGAUAACAGUCAAACGGAUAGAGAAGAGAAGCAAUGGCAGAUGGUUUUCGAAGAAGUAAAGUAUAAGAACGGGGGAAAAGUUGCUUCAACUUUCGUAAUCGUCAUUUAUGUCGCGCAACGUCUUGGAGGUGUGUUUACGCAGUUCCCUGAAUCUUACGAAAUGAGAGAAAAUGAGGCAAAAAUGAUCGAUUUUGAAACUUGGACCAAAUAUAUGGUGGAAGGUUUGGGAAGGGCGAAAGAUGGAAAUAAUGAGGAAUCAGACGAAACAAGUAAAGCAUCGUACGAACUUGACAUUGACAAAAUGCUGACAAAUCUUCUAAUUGAUGAUUGCGAGUGGAGCGACUUGAAGGAAGCAGCUGACAAGGCACGAGACCACCACGACAGCAUCGACAUCAGAUUGAUCUGUUUAUCGAAGUUGAUAAAAUUGUGUUUGAGGAAAGGUUAUUUUGAAAAAGCUGAUGAAAUGUUUAAAGAAUACAAGACAACCUUAUCGAAGUCUGAAAACGUGAAAACGUUCGAGAUCGUGGGAGAAUAUUUGAACUGUUUAAGCGAAAGAUCACGUGGUAAUUUUAAAGCAAGUUGCAAGAUUGCCAUGAAAUCAUUACAGAAACUAGAUAAGAUUCACCCUGAUAUCGUCUCAGCAGCUUAUCUUCUCAUGGCAACAGUCUUCAAUAUUACAGCAAUGAAAAAAGAAGGUAAAACUGAACGGAGUCCAUUCAUCACGAGAGCAAAAGAAUGUUACUGCAAGGCUGAAAUUCACUUACAAUACGUGUCGCCUGAAUUUAAGGCAGCGAAAAUGGAUCUCCGGCAUAAGAUUAAUAUGACCAAAGCAAUGUUUUUCUCAGGAAGUUCACUUGAAGGAACAAUGCUUUUAGAUCGCGAUGUUUCAGUUAUAAAUACAGAUGAGGCGCAAAACUGCCUUGACGAAAGUCAUCACAUUGUAAUCCGCCAAAAGUCUGGGCUAAGCGAUCUUCGUUCUAUUCAAAAACUUCUCGCCCAGUCCGACUUGUUUUACCAAGCAGGAACAGUCGCUACAGCACUUAAAAAAGAGCAGGUGAUUUCGGAUGCUUUGAAGUUUGCCAAACGAGCUGAACACUUGGCUGAAGAUGCUGGCGUUCCUGAGAUGAGGCAGUAUGCUAGAAAUCGCGUUAUGGCUAUCGAAAAUCAUUUACGAACUUUGGAAACGUUGGAAAGCCAUCCAUGCAUCCCCUCACCAUAG